UAUCUUUAAUAGUGACAGGGUUUUACCAUAUUUGCCAGGCUGGUCUCGAACUCCUGACCUUACGAUCCGCCUGCCUUGGCCUCCCAAAGUGUUGGGAUUACAGGCAUGAGCCACCACACCUGGCCCGCUGUACCUGAUUUUCUAUGAAGUCAAAGGCCUGAUUUUCAGGUGUGGGCAAGUUGGACAUUUUUUAACAUGCUGCAUGGGCAACAGAACAUAUCUAUAAGCCCCAUUCUGUUCUUGGGUCCUCACUGUUUCCCCCCGAUCCAGUUGAACCUCAGGUGACAGAUCUUCCACAACAGAUGGGUGAUGAGGAAAGGAGGGAUACUUGGGAGCUUUGCCAUCAGUGGGGACCCGUCAUCCCCAGUGAUGCCAAAUGAGGCCGACUGUGGCCCUGUGGGCAUGGCCUGGGGCAGUCAGGGCUCAAGACCAUGAAGCCACCCGCGACAGGCCUGGGAGAGGAUACUGAUGCUGCUUUUCUUUCUCUCCACCCAGUCUGAAGAGAGGAAAAGAAUAGAUGAAUUGAUUGAGAGUGGAAAGGAAGAAGGGAUGAAGAUUGACCUCAUCGAUGGCAAAGGCAGGGGUGUGAUUGCCACCAAGCAGUUCUCCCGAGGUGACUUUGUGGUGGAAUACCACGGGGACCUCAUCGAGUUCACCGAUGCCAAGAAACGGGAGGCUCUGUACGCACAGGACCCUUCCACGGGCUGUUACAUGUACUAUUUUCAGUAUCUGAGCAAAACCUAUUGCGUGGAUGCAACUAGAGAGACGAAUCGCCUAGGAAGACUGAUCAAUCAUAGCAAAUGUGGGAACUGCCAAACCAAACUGCACGACAUUGACGGCGUACCUCACCUCAUCCUCAUCGCCUCCCGAGACAUCGCGGCUGGGGAGGAGCUCCUGUAUGACUAUGGGGACCGCAGCAAGGCUUCCAUUGAAGCUCACCCGUGGCUGAAGCAUUAACCGGCUGACCCCACACCCUCCCCACCCCACCUUCCCUUCUGCAAAGGACAAAGUGCCCUCAAAGGGAAUUGAAUUUUUUUUUUUACACACUUACUUAAUCUUAGCGGAUUACUUCAGAUGUUUUUAAAAAGUAUAUUAAGAUGCCUUUUCACUGUAGUAUUUAAAUAUCUGUUACAGGUUUCCAAGGUGGACUUGAACAGAUGGCCUUAUAUUACCAAAACUUUUAUAUUCUAGUUGUUUUUGUACUUUUUUUGCAUACAAGCCGAACGUUUGUGCUUCCCGUGCAUGCAGUCAAAGACUCAGCACAGGUUUUAGAGGAAAGAGUCAAACAUGAACUAGGAAGCCAGGUGAGUCUCCUUUCUCCAGUGGAAGAGCCGGGACCUUCCCCCUGCACCCCUGACAUCCAGGGACGGGGUGUGAGGAAGACGCUGCCUCCCAAUGGCCUGGACGGGAUGUUUCCAAGCUCUUGUUCUCCUCAUGUCUCGACAGGCGCUCACUGAAGUGUAUGAAUAUUUUUUAAAAAGGUUUUGCAGUAAACUAGUCUUCCCCUCUGCUUUCUCGAAAGCUUACUGAGCCCUGGGCCCCGAGCCUGGGCCGGGCGUAGAUUUCCUCUUCCACAAGCUGCCGCUUUUCUGGGCACCUUGAAGCAUCAGGGCGCGAAAUCGAACUAGAUGUGGGCAGGGAGAGCGUUGCUUACCUGCCCUGCGGGGGCAGGGUUUCCUGAAACUGGGUUAAUUCUUUAUAGAAAUGUGAACACUGAAUUUAUUUAAAAAAAUAAUAAUAAAAAUUUAAAAAAUAAAAAUUAAAAAAAAAAAAAAACCACAGAAAACAACUUACAUGUAUAUAGGUCUUGAAGUGAGUGAAGUGGCUGCUUUUUUUUUCUUUUUCUUUUGCUUUUUUUUUGCUUUUUGUAGAAGAGAUUGAGAAUGGUACUCUAAUCAAAAAUAAAGUUUUGUAGUGGGACCAGAAAUUACUUACCUAACAUCCAUCCCCAUUUCCCCUCAUCCUGCUGGGGUUGAAGGUUCCAGACCUGCUGUCAAGGCCUUGUGUUUGUCAGACACCCGGCAUCCUUCUGCAAGGACGCAACUGUGAGCUGAGGUGUGAGCCUAGGAGCCCAGGACCCCUGACCCCAGCCGCUGCUGCCAGCCUCAGAAAGGCACCCAGGUGUGCAGGGGAGCACGCAGGGCCUGGUGGCCCCCAGGAAUCACAGAUAGGGCUAAGGUUUUCACCUUAACUGUGAAGGCAGGAGGAGUACAUGGCUGCCUCCUCCCGUCCUUCACAGAACUGAUCCUCACUCUCUGUCCCUUCAGCCCAGGGGGCCAGGGCUCAGGAGCCAUGACCUGGUGUCUCCUGCCUACCCUGGUCCCAGGUAAAUGUGAAUGGAGACAGGUAUGAGAGCCCGUCCUAGUCUUUGAUUCCCCCCAACCCCACCUUGGGCCUCACGACGGUGCUACCUAAGAAAGUCUUCCCCCCCCCCCCCCCCCCCGCCCGGUCAGUGGGCAGCAAAUUGGAAGAGGAUCCGACAGGAGUGUAAAUGUGAGACACAAUGUCGAUUAUACCUAUUUGUGGUUUAGCUUUGUAUUUAAACAAGGAAAUAAACUUGAAAAUUAUUUGUCAUCAUAAAAAUGAAACAAAAAUUAAAAUAUUUAUUGCCAGGCAA